AAAAGAUGUAUUAAGGAGAACGUUAAUAGAAGUGGCGGAUAGCGGCCAAUGGUACACUUUGCGGAAAGCAGUCAAUUAUCUCAAGCAACGAGAAUCUUCGCUCGAAUACAAGCGAGGCGAUCAAGAACAAUUACGAACUUCCCUGGAAGAAAUGAAGGAGCAAUUGAAAAUGAAACAGAUAAUAUGGAAAAUUAAUCUCCGUGAUGCAGACAACAAAAUAGCUGUGCUUAAGGAUAAAAUAAAUGAUGAUGUCGCAAACGCAACAACGCGAUUAUGUUACGCAGAAAAGUGGCUACUGGCACGCGCUGAGAUCUUGGAUCUUGAAUAUAAAGUGCCGCGACCGGAGAUGCCGCGCGCUGAUCACGAACGUCGCGUUCACAUUGAGCUGUUGAAGGCUUAUGAACUACAAAUUAAGGAACGUGAAACGUCUUUAGAAUAUUGGGAGCGGCGCUACAAUACGGACAUAGUUAUCAUAAGUGACAGGCUUGCUGAGAAAUCUGAGCAGCUGCGUAUAGCAACGAAUCGUCGGAAGGAGUUUCAAAAAGUAUAUGACUUACACGAAGGCGAAAUGCGUGCUUGGCUUACAUUUAAGCGCGAACGUGCAGCACGCCUGGCGCGUGAAGAGCGGCUGCGUGCCUCGGUGACACGCAUACAGGCGUGGUGGCGCGGAGUCAUGGUCCGUCGCGCUUUCGGAGCAUUCCGAUAUUUGAAAAAUACUAAGAAAGCCCCUACAAAGUCCAAGAAAAAAUAA